CAGUCAUGGCCGGGAGCUCAGAGAAAGUACCGAUCGCCUCGGCGGGACCAGAGGACCUACAGCAGUUCAUGCCUCCGGCCUACUCAGCCGUAGCUGUGAAGCCCACCGCCACCGGCCGCCUCCUGAAGGCCGGCAUCGCGGUGCUCAUCGCCGGGGCCCUCCUACUGCUACUGGGCGCAGUGGGAGCUUUCUACUUCUGGAACAACAAUGAAAAACACGUCUACAAUGUCCACUACAGCAUGAGCAUCAAUGGAAAAGUGGAGGAGGGUACAAUGGAGAUCGAUACAGCCAACAACAUGGAGAGAUUCAGCACCGGCAGUGGGGCGGACGAGGCCGUAGAGGUCCAUGACUUUGAGAUUGGGAUCACAGGGAUCCGGUUCUCAGGAGGAGAAAAAUGCUACAUCAAGACCCAAGUGAAGGCUCGCCUGCCUGAUGUGGAGGCUCUCAACAAGGACUCGAUGACAUUCGACCUGGAGGACGAGGUGAUGCCAGCCAAAUUUGAGGAUGAUCUGAUCUGGGUGGCGGCUGACACUCCCCUCUCGGACUCCGCCUUCCUCAGCAACAAGAUCAAGGAUCUGUGCGGAGACCUGCCAAUCUUCUGGCUCCGUCCCACCUACUCAACCAGCGGACAGAGGAAGAGGAGGGCCGCCCUCCGCCAGCGCCGCCAGGCAGCCGUGGAGGGAGAGCAGGAGGGCGUGGAGGCAGAGUUCAACCCGGAGAACCCCUAUAUGAGAGGUCUCGAGGGCGAGGAGGACACCAUGAACAUCAACCCCAUGCUGGACCACCAGGGUGUGUGCUGCACGGAGUGCCGUCGCAGCUAUACCCAUUGCCAGAGGAUCUGCGAGCCGCUGGGAGGGUAUGAACCGUGGCCGUACCACUACAGAGGCUGCAGGGUGGUCUGUAGAGUUAUCAUGCCCUGCAACUGGUGGGUGGCACGCAUUCUGGGUCUUGUGUAGACACCCCCGCCCACCUGGGAGAUGGGUUAAGAGGGAAGAAACUAGGGAGGGAUGGGGAUCCAAGGGAAGGAAAACGUUUAGGAAAGUGAGAUGGGGGUUGCUUAUCGUCAUCUCCUGUAGUUACCUGUUGGUCUGAGCAGAUUCGCAGGGAAUGAACAGCAUCAGAAAACCGUGUCCACACAUUAUAAAUGCAUCGCACAGAAUCUAGGACAGACACGAUCUCACAUGUAAAGGUAUGCAGUAGCUGCUCACUGCACAGCUUGUCUUGUUUUCGAUUUAGACAGACGAUUUAGAUUUAUAACAGAAGUUAUGAUAUGAAACAUCCAACAAACCCGCUUUCAAAUAAAAGCAUCGACAUCUAUUGACACCAAGAUUCAUAUCACACAAAUAUAACGCCACCUGUUUAUCUAUAGGAAAAGUAAGCUUGUUUUAUAGAGCUCGUUAUCAUUCCUUUGCUUUCAUUCUUCGCGUUUUGCUGAUGUAAAUAAAUGUAUAGGAUGCAAAGUAUGUUAAUAGCAGUCAGCUGGCUAAAACAGCAUCCAUUGUUUAACUUGGCAUCACUUCAGUGAGAAAUAUUUUUGACUCCUGUGUUUUUAAUUUUCUUUUCUUUCCUUUCCCUAUUUCGUCCUCAGGAGUAGCUCUCAUUAAAACAAUGUACUGUUCUCUCAGAAACUUUCAUCUAAAUGUAUUUUCAUCUGCAGUGAAGAAGCUAUCUCAAAGUGCAAUAUCACUGAAUAAACUUUUUUAAGUAAA